AUGAGAACUCAAUUCGGCGCCCUCUUCGCCAUCGCCAUACUUGCUGCCCCAGCAUUUAGCGACGACAAAAAAGCUUGCGACCAACCUAGAUAUCAUGCGCCAACUUGCUGCCCUAUUGAAGGCCCUUGCUUCGAACCCUCCAGACUGCUAGCGAUCAUCAUUACUGAGUCCUAUAUGAAAGAGUACUGCAGGGUACUGAAGCAAGUGGCGUCGUGCUGUGAUAUUUCCGUACAGAAUCCAUCGCCAAGCUCACCCUACUCUUGCAAACCAAUGGAAAAAUAG